AUGUCUAACAAUAACAAUAACAACAACGACAGUGAUGAUGAUGAUGUCGAUCUUCUCAAGAUUGUGGAGUUGAGAUUGCAGCUUGGAGAUUCAGAAAAUUGUCAAGAAAAUGAAUCUAAACAAGCCGUCGUUGGUUCCUCGAGCUGUUCUUCUUCUUCUCCUACUAGUAGUAGUCGUGUUGCCAGUGCUGCUGCCCCUACUCUUCCACCAUCAACCACCACAAGUGACUUUAAUAUUAUGAAAAUUGUCAGAGAAAGAGCCGAUGCUGCACAUCUUGAGACAGCUGGAGACUUUGAGCUAGUAGAACUCACCGAACAAGCUGGCACAACAUCCCAGAUGAGUGAUAACAGAAACAAAGAUGAUGCACAAGUGCCACUACAAAAAAUUCUAACAAGGCAGUCCGAAUAUUCUGGACAAAAGCAAAGGAAUCCUGGUGCAUAUGUCGUUGAUGGUCCAGGUCUUGCUAACGACAGAGAAAAUCAUUCGAAUAGUAGCUCCGGUACGAGUGAGGAAGGCCUGGACAAUUGGGUUGAAGAAAUUCCAGAUGAUGAAGUCAUUGCACAUCCUAUGGAUAAUGAUCAGCAGACAGGCCUGUUACCCAAUGCAGAGCCACUAUCAAUCAACCAGAGAUCAAGACACAAAUCGUCUCCGGGAGACGAAAUAUUGGUGCUGACAUCCAAACAGGGAAAUGGAAAACAGCUACCCAAUCAAAAUGAAUCAACUCGUAUUCCUGCAAGUCCUGUGGAAGUCGCCGCAUCAGCACAGACCUUUUUGGAGUCACUCAAUCUACCUCGCUACACACAAGAGGCACUGGCAAACUCCAGAUCUCCUCAGUUCAAGGCCUAUCAAUGGUUGGUCAACAGCAUCAAUAACCAAACCUUCAUUCAACCAGAUUUACCAAAAUGGAGGCUGAUACAAAGAUUUACUAUGGCCACAUUCUACUAUUCCACAAGAGGGGACUAUUGGGUGAAAAAUCGUGGCUGGCUGGAUUGGGAGACUAAUGAAUGCAGCUGGGAACAAAUAUUCGAUGGCAUUAUAUUCUCUCCAGAAGUGAUUUGCAAUGACAAGGGGGAAAUCAAAGCACUGGCAUUUACGCAUGCCAAUAGCAUGGAAGGAGCAAUUCCUCCGGAGAUUUCCUUGCUGGGGAAAAGUUUGCAGUCGAUCAAAGUAAUUUGGCAAUUGGAACUCAGAGGGACUAUCCCCACUGAGUUUGGACUUCUGACACAAUUGACUCAAUUAACAUUGGCUGUAACAAACAUUGCUGGCUCCAUUCCAACUGAGCUUGGUCAACUGCAGAGUCUCCAGAUCCUUCAUCUUUCUGCUAUACGUAUUCAUGGGCAAAUUCCUUCUGAGAUUGGACGACUGCGCAACUUAUCAGAAUUUGCUGUGACAGAAACUGAUCUAACAGGUUCAGUACCUCGCAAGCUUUACAAAUUGCCUGACCUGCAGUCUCUUACAAUUCGUGAGUGCCCUGGGUUGGAAACUGAAUACAUCCUUCAAGAAGUAGUUCACAACGCAAUACAGCUUCGUUGGCUAUCACUAUCAAAGCAAAGCAUUGGGACAUUAAUGCCAAUUCCAUCUGAAAUUGGAACUCUGACACAACUAAGGUUCCUAUGUUUGGAGAACUGGAAUCUUCAUGGCACUCUACCGAAGGAGAUUGGAAAGUUGGGAAAGUUGGCAACUCUGAUGUUGAGUGGCAGUUCAAUCUCUGGAACUCUGCCACCGAUAUUGUUGGAGUUGACCAAUCUGGCAUUUUUGUAUCUUGUUUCCAACAAGUUGGAGGGAAUACUUCCACCUGAUCUCUUUUCCAUACUUACAAACCUGCAGGAAUUACACAUCAAUGACAAUCUGUUCUUGGGCACCAUUCCUAUGGAAGUGGGCCAACUGUCUGAUCUCUGGACGCUAAAAUUGCAGAAUACCAACCUUUCUGGCACCCUCCCUACAGAAAUACUCAUGCUGGAGAAUUUGGCCAGCUUGGUAGUCACAGACACAUCCUUGUCAGGCAGCAUCCCUGAAGAACUGUGUAACAAGUUGUACCAGCAGGAAACGAAAUGCUAUGGUGGUCACUGUAAACUCUUGCCUGUGAAAAGCAACACAACAGUCUGUCAUGGAACUUCCCUGUGUGGCUGUGAUUGUGGUCCUUGCCAGAAUUGA